AUGGCUACUACAGAUGUCUUCAUUAUUUCCUCUUCGCCGCCGCGACAAUCGGUAUCUUACAGUGAAUCUUCACCACCUUUACCUUCUUUGGAUGAAAUGAUUAAGCAAAAGAAAGCGCCCAACCUUCAAAGAGGUAGUGGUGCUGCAUCUAUUCCCUUAGACGCGACAGCCACUUUCACGAGCGCGUCAGCUUUAUUACGAAGAGGUUCCUCUGGAUCUUUGCAAGGAUUUGAUACCGCUCGAUCAUUAGCGACGACCACGGAACAUGAUGAAAAUGAACAAAAGAAGACUGCGAAACCUAAAGCCCCACGAAACCCCACUGCGAAGAAGGAAGAUGGGUCAAUUGAGAAAGUGACAAAGGCACCCCGCAAGACUACAAAGAAGAAGGAUGAGAAUAUAGCAGAGGAAGUCGUAGAAGGAAUUGUGAGACAGGGAGAAGAGGGUACGAAGACAAUGCCGGAAAAGAAACCGCGAAAGUCUAGAGCUAAGAAAGCGGAUGAUCUUGGAAGAGACGGAGAGAAUGAGGGUAUUACGGGUGCAAUUGUGCCAGACGCUCCAAAGGCGGCAGUGGAGAAGAAAGCGCGCAAACCGAGAGCUAAGAAAGCUGAUAAUGUUACCGGUGAGGGGGUGAAGGAGAAAGCUCCGCGUAAGCCCAGGGCGAAGAAACCCGAUGUUGAAGCUGGAAGUGAAUCCGUGCCAAAAGAGAAAGCAGUAAGGAAGCCGCGAGCUAAGAAAUCGGACGGGGACACAACUGCACAACCUAAGAUGCCUAAGGGUAGAGUGACUAAAACCGCCAAUGCCUCAAAUCCGGACAAGGCCGAAACUCCCAAAGCUGAUAAAGUCAGCAAGCAUUUUGCAUCUAAUCCUGUCGUCAAAGACAUACUUGCAGAGGAAGGAUUCGGUUUAGCUGAAGCGGUCAAGAGAAGAAAGAAUUGGACUCCACCGAAACCGAAUCAAGUUCUAGUUGACUAUGACGAUAGUCCAGAAGCUGGCGGCUCGAGCUCCAAUCAAGGAUUUACAGAACUAUUGGGAAGUUUUGGUUUCAGCAGUAGUGAGGCAAAUUCUAUUGAGAAGCGGAUAUCCUCAGGUGUAUCUAAUGGAGCUGCUGCAACAAGGAAACGGAAACUAAUCGAGAUGGUUAAUACCAAUAUUCCUACAGUGACUGGUACAAGAGCUGCAAAGGAAAAGGCUGUGAAGAAAAAGGCCAGAACUCUCACGGACCUUGCAACUUCUGCUUAUGCAACAACAGAAGAAGAUGAUACCAUUAACAAUGCUCCUGCGCCAUUGCUUCAAUACUUCCCGAAUGCAGCCUCUGGAGAACUCACAGGUGAUGGCUUCAAGAUGCCCACCAAACCAAGGUCAAAGAGUCCAGUAAAAGGAUUACCGAAAUCAAAAAAGGGCUCCGCAGAAGAACCAAUCCUUCUCUCCCCAGAAUCUGCGCUUAAGCAAGUUGGUAACCAAGAUUUUGUAUUUGGAACUUCAAGUCAAUUAGCAAGAGAGGAUUCACCUUCAUUAUUACGCGACCUGCAUGAUGCUAUGCAAGCAUCGAAUGAAUUAGAUGAUUACGACGAUCCUUUUAUUUCGCCGCCUACGAAGAUAGUCGAAAGAGCGAAGGCUGUAAUAGCUGCGAAGCGAAACCUUUGGUCCAUUGCAGCGCGUGAUGAUCACGGGGAUUUAAUGGAUAUCGAGACGGUGGACUUGGCACACACGCCUGUUGCAAAGCCGGACAGAAUAAUACUUUCUCAAAAACCUUCAUCGUCAUGGAUAACUCCUGCCAAGAACGAGUGGUUCGAUAUUGAUGAAAUUGAAGAUAACCGACCACCUUCCACUCAAGUUCCAGUGAGACAAAUGGGGCCGAUUGAGAUGGCCAUCAAUUUUGAACUGUCGAACAGCCCUCUUCAACCUAAGAAUUCUUCCAGGGAUGUCUCUACUUCUUCUCCACGAAAGAAAAAUACCAAAGCUUCCGUCACCAAAAGUACUCCUAAAAAAACUACAGCCCCUAAGAUGCCUGACUAUGAAUCUUUUACUACGCCACAACUAUCCAGGGAAAUUCAGAAAUAUAAGUUCAAACAAAUCAAAAGUCGUAAAAAGAUGAUUGAUUUAUUGGUUCAGUGUUUUGAGAGUCAGAACCGUCCGGCCUUGGGUGUCCUGCAGGGUAACAUACCAAUCACGUCUCAAGGGCCAUCGGAAAUUUCUAAAGAUGUAGCCAGUUCAUCCACACAACUCGAACCUAGUAUUUCUUCUUCUCAGAGAGGUCGUGGAAGGUCGAACAAAGAUACUACUACUACCAAGUCGAAGGCGAAGUCAAAAAUUACAGAUUCAGUAGCAAUUUUGGAAAUAGACAGUGAUACCCCUCUCUCCGAGCUUCGCACACCCAAAAAGUCGAAGAAGGGAAAACAACCCAUGGAAGAUGUCUCCGAUUCUGAUCACCCUAUGACACCUUCACCGCCACGAAGAUCUCCAUCUCAAAUUCGGAAAGCUUCCAAAGCUCUAAAAUUAUCUCCUGCUAAAAAUGAUCAAGAUGAUGAGGCUCAACAAGCACAACUUUUCACUCAUAUUUAUACUGCAGUUACCAGUGCCCCACCAUCACAAGAUCUCUCAAAUCCAAGCUGGCAUGAAAAAAUACUACUUUACGAUCCUAUUGUAUUGGAAGAUUUAGCAUCAUGGCUGAAUACAGGAGCAUUGGGUAAAGUCGGUUGGGAUGGGGAGGUGGCUCCGAAAGAGGUCAAGAAAUGGUGUGAAAGUAAGAGCAUUUGUUGUUUAUGGAAGGAAAAUCAGGGGGGUGGGGCGAGGAGUAGAUAUUGA